AUGUCCAAGAAACGGGGCCACUUGGAGGCCUUGCUGGCGCAGACAUGUGCCGCUUGCGACGAGACUUUCGAUACCAUGCAGGGACUGAUGGCUCACCAGUCUACAAGCCGCAAAUGCGCAUGGUAUAAAAAGGGCAAAUUAAAAGCCGUAUUCAUGUUGGAUGCUGAUGCUGAGGAAUCCGGUUCGCAUUCAGAGGAAAUGAGGUCUUCAAAUUCAGAAUCACAUCCAGGGCGCGAUGACAGUGAGAGUACGGCAGAUGAAGACGAUAGCUUAGGCUCGCAGACCGACCACGAAUUAAUGUUCGUCCCGUUGCCCAUCCCUAGUGCGUCAGGCUGCGAUGCUCCUGCGGAAUCCUCAGUAGAGGAGGUCAACAAGACUGCUGGACGUGUGGUGGGAGAGGGACGGACUAUGAGGGAUGCAUGGCGGAAGCAUUUUGCAAAACAGGGCUCCGAAGAUGCCGAUGACGGAGACCCGACAGGUAAGUGGACUUACGUGACGGGCUCACCUAAUAUUAUAGAUGAAAGCUCUCUGUGGGAGCCGUUCGAUUCAGAGACGGACUGGGAGAUCGCCUCCUGGUGCGUCAAGGAGGGCAUCAGCCAAGGGGCUGUUGACCGAUUUCUGAACAUACCUAACGUACGAGAGAAACUUGGCCUAUCUUACCAUAACAUGCGCGCACUCCUGCAAAAGGUCGAUUCAAUACCCGAGAGAGCCGAGUGGAUGGAGCAAUGGAUAACGUUCAAGGACCGACCGGGUGAGCAACAUCUCAUCCAGUUCCGCGACAUCAUAGCGGCGAUCAGGGCGUUACUGGGAAACCCUGCUCACGCGGACCGCAUCGUGUAUCGCCCACGUCGGAUCUUCUCGGACGCGAGUCGCAAGAACCGCAUCUACACAGAGAUGUGGACAGGAAAAUGGUGGAAUGCCGUACAG